CUGCAGGCCGGGGCCAUGUCACAGCUGUACUACCGGCGGACUGACAGCUCUUCAUACAGGGACCGCAUCCCGCUCAGGAUCGUGCGGGCUGAGUCGGAGCUCUCCCCUCUGGAAAAGGCCUACCUUGGGGCUGUUGAAAAGGGGGACUAUGCCAGCGUAAAACAAGCUCUGGAGGAAGCAGAGAUCUACUUCAAGAUCAACAUCAACUGCAUUGACCCCCUCGGACGCACAGCUCUGCUGAUUGCCAUUGAGAAUGAGAACCUGGAAAUUAUUGAGCUUUUGCUGAGCUUCAAUGUUUAUGUCGGCGAUGCCCUGCUGCACGCCAUCCGCAAGGAGGUGGUGGGAGCCGUGGAGCUGCUGCUUAAUCAUAAGAAGCCCAGUGGAGGCAUGCAGGUUCCUCCUAUCUUAUUGGACAAGCAGUACUCUGACUUCACCCCUGACAUCACUCCAAUCAUCCUUGCUGCACACACCAACAACUAUGAAAUUAUUAAACUUCUGGUGCAGAAAGGCGUGUCCAUGCCACAGCCACAUGAGGUGCGCUGCAACUGUGUGGAGUGCGUGUCUAGUUCAGAUGUGGACAGCUUGCGGCACUCGCGCUCCCGCCUCAACAUCUACAAAGCCCUGUCGAGUCCCUCACUAAUUGCACUCUCAAGUGAGGAUCCGUUCCUCACUGCGUUCAGGUUGAGCUGGGAGCUGCAGGAGCUCAGCAAGGUAGAGAAUGAGUUCAAAUCUGAGUAUGAGGAGCUAUAUCAGCAAUGCAAACAGUUUGCUAAAGAUCUCCUGGAUCAAACCAGGAGUUCCAGAGAGUUGGAAAUGAUCCUCAACUACAGAGAUGACACCAAUUUGUUGGAAGAGGAGGGCAACAAUGAUCUUGCAAGACUUAAACUAGCUAUCAAGUACCACCAAAAAGAGUUUGUAGCUCAGCCAAACUGUCAGCAGCUAUUGGCAUCCAGGUGGUACGAUGAGUUUCCUGGGUGGAGGCGACGCCACUGGGGAGGAAAAUGUAUCACCUGUGUCUUCAUUGGUCUACUCUAUCCCGUCUUCGCUCUCUGCUACCUCAUUGCUCCUAAGAGUCGCUACGGCCACUUCAUUCGCAAGCCCUUCAUCAAGUUUAUCUGCCACACAGCAUCCUACCUGACCUUUCUGUUCCUGCUGCUCCUUGCCUCCCAGCACAUUGUCACCACAGAGCAGGACAGGCAAGGUCCCGCACCAACAACUGUGGAGUGGAUGAUCCUGCCAUGGGUCCUGGGAUUUAUCUGGGCAGAGAUCAAGCAAAUGUGGGAUGGUGGUUUCCAAGACUACGUCCAUGACUGGUGGAACCUGAUGGACUUUGUCAUGAACUCCCUGUACCUGGCCACUAUUUCCCUCAAGAUUGUAGCCUACACCAAGUACAGUGGCAGUAAACCCAGGAACCAAUGGGAAAUGUGGCACCCCACUCUAGUAGCUGAGGCAGUGUUUGCCAUAGCAAACAUUUUCAGUUCCCUGCGCCUCAUCUCACUCUUCACAGCAAAUUCCCAUCUGGGGCCAUUGCAAAUCUCUCUUGGACGGAUGCUCCUGGAUAUCCUAAAGUUUCUCUUCAUUUACUGUCUGGUUCUACUUGCCUUCGCAAAUGGGCUGAACCAAUUGUAUUUUUAUUAUGAGACAAAAGCUUCAGAUGAGAAGGGAAAAUGCAAGGGCAUCCGCUGUGUUGAGCAGAAUAACGCUUUCUCCACAUUAUUUGAGACUCUACAGUCUCUUUUCUGGUCUAUCUUUGGGCUGAUUAGCCUCUAUGUGACUAAUGUGGAUGCAGACCAUCAGUUCACUGAGUUUGUAGGUGCCACCAUGUUCGGCACCUACAAUAUUAUUUCACUGGUGGUGCUUCUCAACAUGCUCAUAGCCAUGAUGAACAACUCCUACCAGCACAUUGCUGAUCAUGCUGACAUCGAGUGGAAGUUUGCUAGGACAAAGCUGUGGAUGAGUUACUUUGAGGAAGGGGCAACACUCCCAGCCCCCUUCAACAUCGUCCCGAGCCCCAAGUCUUUCUGGUACCUCAUAUGCUGGAUAAAGAGACAAGCAUGCAAAAGGACACAAUCCAAGCGCCGCGAAACAUUUGGAACUCUUGGAAGAAGAGCAGCUGAGAACCUGAGAAUAAACCAUCAAUAUCAGGAAGUUUUAAGGAACCUGGUGAAACGUUAUGUGGCUGCCAUGAUCAGAGAUGCCAAGACAGAGGAAGGUCUGACUGAGGAAAAUUUCAAGGAGCUGAAGCAGGACAUCUCCAGCUUCCGUUAUGAGGUGAUGGGCAUGAUGAAGACAGGGAAGCCUUCUCUUCAGGGUGCCAUGGCAAGUGGUAGCUCAGCGGAUUCCAGUCUCGCCUUCCCAAAUUCCUUGCUCAAGAUUUCCUCCUGCCCUCAGAGCAGCCACAUCAAAAGCAAACUCAACCGAUUUAAGGUCACUGCUUCUAUCCUGAAGCAGAGCAGCUCUGCAGCGUCUCCCAGGCCCCCCGACGCUUUCAACGGUAUACCAAAUGGACUCAUCCCCCCGGUCUCAGAUGACAGCUGCAGUGAAACCUCAAACCAGUGGAGAAGCUACUGCAAAGAUAUUAGUAAUUCUGGAUUGUUCCAGAAACAACAGUGGAGCACCAAAGAAGUCCCACCAGAAACUGGGGAGAUGUCCAGAGAGAUGUACUCAUUAUCAGAAGAGGCCGGAGAGUCUGGGGUCUCGGAUACAGAGGAACAGGACAAGCAGCUUUCAUCCACAGACAAGGGGGAUAAACAACUGCCCGGGAUCAGUUUUAUGGAGGAGUCUCAAGGAAGUACAGAAGAGUCAGAAAUCAGCAGCAGCUCUGACAAACAUAGAGAAAAACAAACUGAUGAGUUAAAAAGUAAUACUGAUUCGGUAGGAGAUGGAUGUUUGUCAGGAUCAGCCAGAAAAGAUAAAUAA